UACAUGAGUAGAUGACCGAUGUUUAUGCCUUCACCGGCGCCGUACAACCGGAACAGAUUGAACUCCGACACGGACGAGACUUUGACCAUGGCCACGCCGGCCACGAGGGCGCAGACCGCGGCGCCAGCAGGCAUGCUGAACCUCUCGUAGAGGUUGGCCGCGCGGCGAGGGAUCCUAGAGGUGUCGUAGUUACGCUUGUCUAGACAUCUCGCUGCUCUCCACCGCCUCAUCUGCAUCUCUUCGCACCAAUGCUGCCGCUCCCAUUCCCAGCUCCCCAUUCCCAUUCCUAGCGUGGCUUGAUUUCAGGGAGGACAGAGAAGAUUAGAAGAUCCAUGGGCAAUCGCCAGGGCCACUGGUUUCUUCAUCUGGAUUCUUGAGGUGCUAAUCUGUAUUCUCGAUUGGUAUUUUCCUCCCUUGUUUGCUGAUUUUUCCUUCUAGUUGUGCGUUGCAGCUGCAUACGAUUUAGUUUGGGGAAUUGGCUUGCUGAUAGGCGAAUCUGCUAUAUUGUGUUGUCUCUAAUGAUUCUUAUAAAUCGAUAUUUUGUUGGAUGCGUAUGGAUUUGACACUAUACCAGUCAUGUUGAUAGCCUGUCGUUCUGAACCAAUGGUUGUGAAUAGUAACCAUAACGUAUGUAGAUCUACUCUGAAUUUGUACCACAGGAUGGAGAUCACGGAUGGCAGUGCAAAAAUGGGACUUGAGUUUGUUCUCUUCAUAAGAUUCUUCAGGUUUGGUGGCGAACUAGAUGAUUUGUAUCUUGGACUGGAGUUUCACCGGAGACCAAAGCAAGUGUUUCGGGCAGAUAAGGACACUUGGAUAAUGGGUGACUACAAAGGAAAUCUACCUAAUGCACGGAAGGUGGAUCGUGAUCCUAAAGCACCAGAACACAUCCCUGUAGAAAGAUUAUAGAUAGACUGGUCUUCUUCCCAGAAGAUUAUGCAGAUUUCGGGGUCCCAUUUUUUUCCGAUACAGUCACUUUUCGGGCAAAGAGAUGUUCUAUACUGUUUCGUCAACGGUUCUACAGCUAGAGUGCCUAAAAAUAUCAAGAUGCCUCCUGCAAUUUCUCCACAAUUUUGUACAAAUAUUCAUACAUAUUUGGCGGUAGUAAAAGCGUAUCUACAUUUCUUAAGGCGCAAUAAAGCGCUAUAUUAGUAGACGUUUAAUGUAAAUAUAUCUAUAAAAGCAUGUUCACAUUUGUA